UGACUAGAGCAUCUCUUGCUGUAAAAAGACAUUAUCCUAGAGUAGUUAAAAUUGUAUAUAAAUCACCUGAUCAAUCCAAAGUUAAAGAAAAUUUAUUCUUUGUUGGCAAAGGUGUUACAUAUGAUACUGGGGGUGCUGAUAUUAAAGCUGGCGGUCACAUGCGCGGAAUGUCAAGAGACAAAUGUGGCGCUGCGACUGUCGCUGGAUUCUUGAAAACUGUAUCCAAGUUACAACCUGUGCAUGUUAAUGUGACGGCAGCUUUGGCUUUAGUAAGAAAUAGUGUGGGUUCUGAUUCAUACGUAAGUGAUGAAGUUAUUUAUUCAAGGGCUGGCGUACGAGUUCUUGUUGGUAAUACCGACGCCGAAGGUCGUAUGGUAAUGGCAGAUUUACUAACAGAAUGCAAGGAACUGGCAUUGAAAAAUACAGCAGCUCCAUCACGACUCUUUACGGUUGCCACUUUAACUGGACAUGCUUUGCUUGCGUAUGGAAAUUACGGAGCGGUGAUCGACAAUGGGCCAGCACGUAAAGCAGGUAUAAGUCAACGCGUUAUCCAAGCAGGCCAUAUUUGGGGCGAUCCAUUUGAAUUAUCCACGUUACGUCGUGAAGAUUAUGAAUUUAUUAAGCCUCGUAGCAAUCGUGAAGAUGUGGUUCAAGCAAAUGAAAGCUCUUCGAUGCGAACCAUACGAGGUCAUCAAUAUCCCGCUGCCUUUUUGAUCAUUGCUUCUGGUUUGAAAGAUCAUGGGUUAAAAGCUCCCAAAGACAGACAAAUUAGUUAUAGUCAUUUGGAUAUUGCGGGUAAUUCUGAAACUCGGGGCAAAGGCUUGAGUCUUGGUACAGUAACGGGAAGUUCUAUGCAACAACCGCCUUCAAAUCAACAGCAAACAAGUUCACCAACAGAGUUCUUGAAUAAUGUAAUUGGGAGACCUGUACUUGUCAAAUUGAACUCUGGUGUUGACUAUCGAG